ACAACUUCAAUUUUCCUUCACCUGCAAAAUAUCGUGUGUUUUGCUGUCUUAAAUAACAAAUCGAAUUAUGGUCGGUUGGAGCCGUUUGCUGGCCCCAGCAGCCCAAUUCGCACGCUAUCGGUCCGUGCUUCAGACUCCUGCCUGCCGCAAUGCCUUGCAGCAGCAGCUUCGCCAGAUGAGCGGCGAUCAUGGACAUCAUCAUAUGACCAUUAAGCCCUCCCGCUUCCAAUGGGAUAAAUUCAAGGAUCUGAUGCACUUUUAUGUAAUGCUCGGUCUGAUCCCCAUUACCGCUUUGGUGCUAUAUACGAACAUUUUCGUGGGACCCGCUCAGCUGGCCGAAAUCCCUGAGGGAUAUGAGCCCAAGCAUUGGGAGUACGAGAGGCAUCCAAUCAGCAGAUUUAUAGCCCGCUAUAUAUUCAACUCGCAGCAGCAAAACUACGAGAAGGCCUUGCACAAUCUCUUCGAGGAGAAUGAAAAGGCUCAAAUUCGCAAACUUGAGGAGGAAGUGCGCCGCAAAAUGUCUGAGCGAAAUGAUUACCAGGCCUAUUAUUAUCGUCCAACAGUGGCCAAAUAUCACAGGAUUUCCAAAGAGGCUGCUGACGAAUUGGAGGCACUGCGCGGUGAUUAAACAAUUAUAGCAAUUGCAACGUUUUGUUUUAUAAUUUUUAGGCCUCAAAACUUUAGGUGAGAGUGAAAUAAAAUGGUAACUUAAUGAAAUGCCUCAA